AUGAAAUGGGCGCAGCACUUUAGUGGCAAGAGCUUUCGACAGAUACACGAAGCAGCACGGUCCAUCCGGGCCGCCAGCAAAACCGAGCAAAACAGAGAGCCAGUCGACGAGGCAGCGGAACAAGAGGCCAGGGCUUUGCAGUUAUUAUGCGAAGGCUUCGAUCGUGAAGUGGAUCACUGCAGCUGGCGGGUGAAAGCUGUGCCCAAGGAGACACUACAGUGUCUACACGGCCUGGAGGCUGGCAAGCCCAAUAGUCUGCCAUUCAGCUACGACAAGGAAGAAAGAUCCAGACAGAAAUACAUGGCCAUCGGCUACCGCUAUCUUGGCUUCUGCUGGCGGGCACACCAGCUAGGUCGAGCACGGGCUAAAGAGGAACUAGGCAUGGCCUUUACCACAGAGCAAUGGGGUCUGAUGAGCGACAUUAUGCAGGAGAUUCAAACAGAACUCGACCGUCUAUUAGAAAGCAAGAACAAGGCACAGCUACUAGCAGAGGACAGUGGCUAUUUUAGCGACGAGGACAGCAUUACCACGGAUGAUGAGUAUGAUGGCUAUGAGUCGGCUGAAGCCCGCACAGGUCUAGGCCAAGCCAUUUUUCGAUUCAUGCUCGCGUCUAUUCAAUGCAAGGUCGGAGCUGCAUGGUACGGAAAUGCUUUGCUUUGUUUCUGUGCCGCUGCUGGGAUCCGUGGCGCGUCCGAGGGCUACCAAGAGCCAUGGCUGUACACGGGAACGUUGGCUGCUCUGCAGUGGCUGAUUCGACCCUAA